AUGGAGCUGCAAACUGCAGAAGUCAAGAUCCGACUGGAGAGCGAAAUAAAAGUUGUGCUUUUGGUGAUGGUGAAUUGGGCUGCAAACACGCCUGGGAGCAAGCAAAGGAUGAAUGUUCGGGAAAUGGCUCGAGUCCGAUUCUACGGUCUUCUCUCCUCCACCAGCAGAAAAGCGCACGGGUUGGCAAAGCGGCUGUUUCUACAUGACCGAGAGCACUGACUCUGAGAUUACGUCUCGACGAAAAUGUCGUCGAAGGAGGAGUGAACGAACCAAUGGGACCAAGAUUCGCCAAAUGCAGCAGUUGAUAGAAAUACCCCACGACGGGUUGUUCUGAAGCAAAAAGGGAAGUCAGACUGGAUCACGGCACGCGUUAAUCGGGUUGUGCAGAGUUCAUGCGAAUCCGUAACUACAGCCGUACAUGAACGUGCGGCAGGCAUUAGGCGCAGGUCUCCACGCUACGUCAGUAACUGAGCCUAAUUCCAUCAAUACGUUAUCUGACAGGCCCAGAGAGUCGACUAUUGCAUUGGUCAGGGAAGAGGGAAUGAAGCAGACACUGGGGAGUCCAUUCCUACGGCACUGCAACGCGCUAAACGUCAUGGCUUGGGAGGUUGCCAACUAACGGUGUAACUCAGAUCUCGCAGUGGAUCCUCUGCGGAGUGGUCGACUUAUGGACUGUGAGUAGGGCCCAACGGUCCCCUCAUAAUAUGCCCAAACGGGCUAUCAUCCGUGUGAGAUCUGGGUAAAAUCCUGGGGAGCUCUGGGGGGACCGGGCCGAGUGAGUGCGGCAAGCGCAGACAGGAGGGGGGGCAAGUCUCCGCACCAGAUGACCAACCGGUUCGAACAGUGGCCUGAUGCCUGGGAGAGGGAAAAGAAAGUGAAAUCGACCCUGGAGACUCUGUCCCCAUGACACUUAGCGCAUAUCUCUCAGUAUAUACAAUCUGACGUGCCCUUACCCAAUCACGCUGUGUUAAAGGGCGUGGCUUGAACGACAGUCAACUCGGUCUUCCCGUCAAGACGCAGUCAGCACGGAAUGGCUUCAUGUGACCUCCGUGGCACUCACACUGGGUUAGGAUCCGAGCGGCCAAUUUAUUGUUUUGACGGAAACCUGGCCGGUUGUGCGAUAACCAGGUGUGUGUGGCAGGUGUACAGGGGCUGUGUAGCUCUGCCACCCACUGCGCUCGAUACCGCCUGCGGACCCAGGCGCGUGGAUGAGAGGGUGCGAUAGAUGCCGCGAAAACCAACUUCCACGAUAAAAUUAGUUCACGUGCGCCCACCACGCUGUGGGACAGACGGUGGACAUCAUCGGCAACGACGGUCACACCGUCAGAUUGGAAAGCACACGGCUCCCUCAAAAUGAAAGGCCCCCGUGGGGGACAUCAGGUCAUCCUGAAUGACGGCCGGCCACGGCGCGCAAAUAUCUUUUGGUUCGGCACAGUUGAGGCCACCGUGACCCCGCACUUCUCCCCCCCUCUCUCUCUCUCUCUUUCCCUCCUUCUCGGAAAGCGACAGCUGUUUCUGCAGCCUGCGCAUAUGUUUUUAGGCUUAGAAAGUUGCGCCCUAAGACUGGCGACAUCAGACCAAGGUGCAGCAGGCGCAGUCAACAAUUUGUAGAGACGUUUUGCCGACAGAGCGGAGUAAAGAAUAGAGGAAAAGGGGUUAGCAAAGUUCACGCAGUGGCAGACAUCUGGUUCUGCAGAUGACGGCGACAAGUGUUGAGACCAGUUCGUAUUUACUAGAAAACUUGGUAGUGUCACACAACAUCCCAUGGAGGAACCUAAGUGCGAUGGAGGUGUGUUUCACGAUACCGCUGCGAAACAAAAUGAUCCCUUUUUGGCACUGAUUUUCACACGUAACGAUCAAUAAUAAAAGAUUCUGUAGCGACAGAAGUUCGAGGCAGUGGACUGAAGAGGCUGAGCUUCCUUGUGAUGAUGAUGAUGGUGAUGAUGAUGUUGUUGUUGUUGUUGAUGAUGAUGAUGAUGAUGAUGGUGGUGGUGGUGGUGGUGAUGAUGAUGAUGAUGAUGAUGAUGAUGAUGAUGAUGAUGAUGAUGAUGAUGAUGAUGAUGAUGAUGAUGAGAGUUCGACCGUAACAUCCGCGAUGUUCACCGUGUGCUCCACAGCAAGGUGCAGCAGGCACGGUGACUUACGCAGUAUCUACCGUACCCUCCCCCCUCCCCCCACCUUGCUUCGGUGUCAAGACAGCGCAAAGAAGACCGGGGGCAGGGGAAUGCGCAGAUUGCUGGCGCGGCCGGACCCGCACCUUGGCGCUUCACUCCACACCUGCUGGUCCACAGCAAACACUUGGCCAGGAUUUUGA